AUGGAGGCCAGCAGCGACACGGAGGAGCCCCCGCUGCCUCUGGCACUGCCCAGGUUUCAAAUCUCCGAGGAGUUUGGCUUCCUGCUUCCCGAUCCUCUGACAGAGCUGCCGGCGCCCUACGGCCCCUGGAUGGACAUUGCCCAUGAGCUGCCCCAGCUGAUCACGAGCCAUCAGCUCCGCUCACAUGUGCACCAGAUGCCGCAGCUGAACACCCAGCACCUCCGAGGACGUGAGGAGCUGCACUUGGCACACCUGGUGCUCAGCUUCAUCACCAUGGGCUACGUCUGGCAGGAGGGCGAGGAGGGCACUGUGCAGGUCCUGCCCCGAAACCUCGCCGUCCCCUACUGGGAGGUCUCACAGGCCCUGGGCCUCCCGCCCAUCCUCAGCCACGCAGACUUUGUGUUGGCCAACUGGAGGAGGAAGGACCCCAACGGGCCUCUGGAAAUUGAGAACCUGGACACGAUCAUCACACUGCCUGGGGGAGAGAGCCUGCGUGGCUUCAUCCUUGUCACCCUGCUUGUGGAGAAGGCAGCUGUGCCUGGCAUUAAGGCAAUCAGCCGGGCCCUUGGUGCCACCCUGCAGGGUGAUGAGGAGUCCCUGCACAGAGCCCUGGAGGAGCUGGCAGGGGCCAUCGAGGCCAUGAGGGAGGCGCUGGGGCGGAUGCACGACUAUGUGGAUCCAGAAGUAUUCUACUCUGUGAUCAGGAUCUUUCUCUCUGGCUGGAAGGACAACCCUGCCAUGGCGCAGGGGCUCAUCUACGAGGGGGUGUCCCCGCAGCCCAUGGCGUUCUCGGGGGGCAGCGCGGCGCAGAGCACCGUCCUGCACGCCUUCGACGAGCUCCUGGGCAUCUGCCACCGCCAGGACAGCGCCGCCUUCCUGCGCAGGAUGAGGGAGUACAUGCCCCCGCCGCACCGAGCCUUCGUGGAGGAGAUCCGCGGCUCCGCGUCCCCGCGGCAGCUCGUGCUGCGCUCGGGGAACGCGGAGCUCCGCGCCGCCUUCAACCGCUGCGUGUCCGCGCUGGCAGCCUUCAGGUCCUACCACAUCACCAUCGUCACCAAGUACAUCGCUGCUGCGGCCGCCAAAGCCAAGGCCAGGCGGGCAGAGCCGAGCCCCGCUGCGGGAAAACCCCCGUCUGCCCUAGAGGCGAAAGGAACCGGCGGGUCGCACAUCUUCAGCUUCCUGAAGAGCAUCAGGGACACCACCAGGGAGGCGAUGAUAAGCGCCUGACCUUCCCCGAGGGUUGCCCAAAGUGGGCGCAGGAGGCCGAGGGGCUUCGGUGUCUGUGUGCAAAGCACAAGCCAAGAUGCAAAACCUCCCGUCAGCAGCAGCCUUCCCCCCUGUGCGCGUCUGGGACACGAGGGACACGCUCGGGUCUCGUGGGAGAGAGCAGAGCUGCUGCUGCUGCCGCCCACAGCAGGCUCACAGCGAGCUCGGCAUCCUCCCCUGGCACCGGCACGGGCACAGGGUGCCUGCCAGCACAUCAUCCCCAGGGAUGAGCUGCGUCCCUCCAAGCCCCGCUUGUUCCCCGCUCCACCCCGGCGUGGGGGCCGCAGCUCGGAUGGACACGGGUGGGUCACACGGAGGA